CACUAAUUAAUAGCAAAAUAAGGUGACAUUAUUCAAAUAGUGAGUGAAAAAUAACUGGAUUCCAUGUUCGUUAUACAAUUUUCAAAUUAAAGUAAAACGUUUAUGAAGGUUAGGUUCAUUGUUUACAAUUUUGUAUUCUAUUUCGAUUGUCUUUUUAGUUAUCGAAAAUUGACAUUUUAUAUUACAAGUCAGUUUUUUAUUUUAAUACUAAUUUACUCAUCGAAAGCCUAAAUUAAAAUAUGUGGACAUUUGAUAAGAAUACGUAAAAUAAUGUCGGCCAUAACAAGUGAAGAAAAAUUCCGAUCUAUCUUAGCUGAUCUAGGAAAAGCUACUUUGAGAGGUGUAAGAAAAUGUCCAAAGUGCGGCACAUACAAUGGUUCAAGAGGUACCUGUUGUAAAAAUAAAUUCUGUGAUGCGGUAUUCAAAGAACCUGGAGAAAAACGUAAAUUAUCAACAGAAGCUUGCAGGCUCAUUACUGGGUCAACAGCACAAGUGUUUUCUGUUAGAGUGAGGGAUAAAGGACCAGAUCAUAGAGGAUUUGUUCAGUUAUCUUUAGUCAAUAUAAGUGCUAAUAAUGAUUCAAAUAUUUCAGUCCCCCAAAGUACAGCUCUUUGUUUUGUUGAUAACUGUGAGAAAAGCUUUAAUAAUAGAGUUCUACAGUGUCAUGAAAAAGAUAUAUCAGAGUCUUCAAUGUCAGCUUGUCAACAUAUUCAAGCAGCUCUACGUUGUUAUGCAGAAGCUCAGCCACUGACUCUACGAAAUUCAGUACUAUCUUCACUGAUUGUAAAUAAUGAAACCAAGCAAGAGAUUUGGCUACUCGCUACAGAAACUCCAGGACCACUAGUCCAAAGAGUAUCAAAGAAUAUAAUGGCUGUGAAAUGUAAAGCUUCUCCAAAGCAUCCUGUUGGUUACUUGCAUUUUUCUUUUUUUACAACCAAAUUCAAAGAGAAACUUGAGCACAAAUUUUUCUGCAGUAAUUCAUUAUUCAAGUUUUCCACAAAAUUAGAUGAUAAGACUAAUGCCUGUACUGUCAAUCGCUGUAUACAUUUUUAUGCUUGUAUAUGUGCUUUUGCAAGUGAUCCAAAGUUAGCAGUGGAAUUCCAAUAUUAUAUGAAUUUAGCUCAAACAAACAACUUUCAUCGCGAGUCUCUUGAUUUUGAACUUAAUUCAAAUGAAACUGAUAAAUUUAUAGAAAUGGAUGUUUCAGAUUUGGAUAAUUUGUCUGACGAUGCACAUUUAUUAAUUUUUCGAGACGAUUCUUUAACAAUUCAAAAUUUACAAAGUAAUAGAAUAGAUAUUGAUAGUAUAAAUAUAGAUCCACUAUUAUUAGCAGGGAACAUAGAUAUAAUCAAAGACCAAGAACAAAACUUGUCAGAUGAUAUAAAUAUAAUUUCAGAGGUGCAUAAUUUAGAAGUAAAAGACCAGAACGCAGUUUUUGAUGGUAGUACCAUUAAGAUAAUUCCAGAUCCCUUGUUGAUUAAUUCCAGUUUUGGAAAUAACCUUCAUUGUCCACAAUUCAUUCAAGACACUAUUAAGCCACUCAAUGGCACUGUGAAAAUCUUAGAUCAUAACAUAGUAUUAGAUACAAAUAGUAUUAAGUUUCUAGAAUCUAAUUCGGUACCUGUGAUAAAUAACAAGAGUGAUACGUCAUGUCAUACAGCGUCAACGAUAAGAAAAUCUAUGAAACGAAAACGCGAAGGCAAUAAGAAUCCAUCAGUUGUACUAAAUCCAAAUGCAUUUGAAAUAAGAAAAGUAAAGACGAAAUCAUUGCAAUCUACGAAAACUAAGUAUCCCACAGCAUGUGAAAAUAUUGAUGAAUCUAACACAAACUUGUCAUUCAUUAGAUGGCUUUCAUCGAUAACGGAGCGUAUAAAUCAAACGAUGCAUUUUCAGUUUGACGGCAAACCCGAACCUCUAGUCUUUCACGUUCCCCAUACAUUCUUUGAAUGUCUACGUGAACGAAUAUCCUGUGGUGGUAAAAAAAAACGACUACCUAACUCCACUACCGCUUUUGUUAGAAAAGACUGUGUACCGCUAGGUACAUUUACGAAGUAUACUUGGCACAUCACUAAUAUUUUACACGUGAAAACUAUCUUUGAGACGCCACUUAUUCCGUUGGAAAUUACAAGGAGCUUUUUACAGAAUGCUGAUGGUACUUACGAAGUUUACAAAAGAGAAGAGACGGAUAUUGAUAAAUUUAAGAAAACGAGUAACAAUCCACUUAUCAAACCAAUGGAGCUGAAGACUUAUUUAAAAGUUGGAAACAUGUCACCUAAUCAAAUACACCCGACGCCGUUUUUGAUAGAAUGGAUACCAGAUAUUUUACCGAUUUCUAAAAUCGGCGAGUUAAGAAUAAGAUUCGAAUUUGGACAUACAAAAAAUGAACCAUUGCAAAAGUAUCAGAAAACACCUACGAUAAAGAAUUAGUUGUUUGUAGUUUCAAACUAUCAGUUGUCUUUGAUAAAUAUUUGUUAUUUUUUAAAGUACUAAAAGUACUAUUUAAUUCUCAGAAUUAUGUAUAUUUAUUACGAAAAUUUUUGAAAUGCAAGUUAUUAAGUUUUAACAUAAUUUCCUCCAAUGUUUACCAAUGGAAAUGAAAUAUUAGUUUUCUAAAACUAAUCAUAAGUUCUUGAUGAAAAGAAAUGUUUACUUAUCUUGAAAAGAUUUUUUUUUCUAUUGAUUACGACUAAUACCCCCGUUCUUAGUCAAAGUAACGAUCUGAUUUAUGUUAAAAACUGUCCGCUAUGUGUAUAAAACAUGUAAAAUAAAUUGUGUCUAGUAGAAGAGAAUUGUUAAAUAUUUUCAUAUGAUGAAGCCAAGAGUGGGAAUAA